CCUGCGCGACUCCGCCAGGACGCCGCCGACUGCGCUAAAGAAGCGUCGGGACAACAUGGGGAGCCCCGCGGACCCGAGAUGACCGACGCUUUGGUCCGAAUAACCCCGUGUUUUGUGUCGCCAGAGAGGGAAACUUGAAGCAGGGCUUGUUUUCGGAGCCCCGCCGCUGCCGCCGCCGCCGCCUCCCCUCCUCUCUCCCCGUAGGAUUUGAUUCAAAGGCGAAAACCAAGAUGGCCGCCGAUUCCGUGCAGGGGGAUGCCAGGGGCCAGCUGGUGGCGGAGCGACUCGGUCUGGGACACAACCUGGACCUGUCUGACACCAUGGUCCAACAGAAGCUGGACGAGAUCAAGGAGCAGAUUCGCCGCGAGAUCCGCAAAGAGCUGAAGAUCAAAGAAGGUGCAGAGAACCUGCGCAAGGUCACUACAGACAAGAAGAGUCUGGCUUAUGUCGACAACAUGCUAAAAAAGUCCAACAAAAAGGUUGAGGAGCUUCACCAGGAGUUACAAGAACUCAACGCCCACAUUGUGGUCAAAGACCCUGAAGAACUGCUAGAAUGCCCGUUAACCCCAGACACACCCAACAGCGAGGCGAGGAUGUGCACCAGCAGCAGCCGCCUGGCUGCGCUGAAGCGGCAGAAUGACAUUGAGCUCAAGGUCAAACAGGGUGCCGAGAACAUGAUUCUGAUGUAUUCCAACGGACCCUCCAAGGAUCGCAAAUUACUAGCAACCGCCCAGCAAAUGCUGCAAGACAGCAAGACAAAGAUCGAGUUCAUCAGGAUGCAGAUCCUCAAGGCCAGCCAGGCCAGCGAGCAGAGCUUUGAGAGCAACGAUGUGAUGGACAAGCCCAUCAUCAGCCCGUUGGACCUGCGGGUGGAGGAGCUGUGUCACCACGCCAAGAUCGAGUCUGCUGUGGCCGAGGGAGCCAAGAACGUCAUGAAGCUCCUGGGCUCCGGAAAGGUCACGGAAAAGAGAGCGCAUUCAGAGGCCCAGGCUCGUUUCAACGAGUCCAGUCAGAAGCUGGACCUCUUGCGAUACUCUCUGGAGCAGCGCCUCAAUGAGCUGCCGAAAAAUCACCCUCGCAGCAGCAGCAUCAUCGAAGAGCUGUCGCUGCUGUCGUCGCCGGCGCUCAGCCCCAGAUCCAGCAUCAUCUCUACCCAGAACCAGUACAGCACAGUGACCAAGCCCGCGGCACUCACAGGCACGCUCGACGUCAGGCUCAUGGGCUGUCAGGACCUCCUGGAGAACGUCCCCGGCCGUUCCAAAGCUGCGUCCGUCCCGCUGCCCGGCUGGAGCCCCAGCGAGACCCGCUCAUCCUUCAUCAGCAGAGCGAACCGAAACCGCGGCGUGAGCUCGAGAAACCUGACGAAGAGCGAGGAGCUCUCCAAUGAGAUCAGUGCCGUGUUGAAGCUGGACAACACCGUCGUUGGACAAACGACCUGGAAGCCGGUCAGCAACCAAGCCUGGGACCAGAAGUUUACAUUGGAGCUGGACCGGUCUCGCGAGCUGGAGAUCUCCGUUUACUGGCGUGACUGGCGUUCGCUCUGUGCCGUCAAGUUCCUGCGGCUGGAGGACUUCCUGGACAAUCAGCGGCACGGGAUGUGUCUGUACCUGGAGCCACAGGGGAUGCUAUUUGCUGAGGUAACAUUUUUUAACCCCGUCAUUGAGAGACGACCAAAGCUGCAACGACAAAAGAAGAUAUUCUCCAAACAGCAGGGGAAGACGUUUCUACGAGCCCCUCAGAUGAACAUCAACAUCGCCACCUGGGGCCGUCUGGUGCGGCGAGCCAUCCCCACCGUCAGCACCAACUCCUUCAGUCCGCAGGCAGCUGAGAUGGGACCCAGCAGCCUGCCCGGGUCUCCCACACCCAGCGGCGACCCCCUGGUGACCAAGCUGGACUUCGACAAAGAGCCCACACCGGGACCCCCACACUACCCGGGUCCGGACGGCAGCAGAGAGCCGCUGGUGCAGCACAAGCUGGCCGACAAGGAGGAAGUGCAGGACGCACUCGCCUCGUUCGACUUCCUCAACACGAGGAACAGCAUGGUGAUGAAGCCCGACAUGGACGGACUCGGCGAGCAGGGGAUCCAGCACCCAGACCUGGAGCUCACAGCCUUCCAGAAAGACGCAGAAAUAAGGGAAGAAGAACAGUUUCACUUCAGCCUGCAGGACUUCAAAUGCGUGGCGGUCCUUGGCCGAGGUCACUUUGGAAAGGUUCUGUUGGCAGAAUAUAAAAGCACAGGAGAAAUGUUCGCCAUCAAAGCUCUGAAGAAAGGAGACAUCGUGGCUCGGGACGAGGUGGACAGUCUCAUGUGCGAGAAGAGGAUUUUUGAAACGGUCAACAGCGUCCGCCACCCGUUCCUGGUCAACCUGUUUGCGUGCUUCCAGACGCAGGAGCACGUGUGCUUCGUCAUGGAGUACGCCGCCGGGGGCGACCUGAUGAUGCACAUCCACGCCGACGUCUUCUCCGAGCCCAGGGCCGUGUUUUAUGCUGCCUGCGUCGUUUUGGGAUUACAGUUUCUUCAUGACCAUAAGAUUGUGUACAGAGAUUUGAAGCUGGAUAAUCUGCUUCUGGAUACAGAGGGCUAUGUAAAGAUUGCUGACUUCGGGCUUUGCAAAGAAGGAAUGGGUUUCAGGGAUCGCACCAGCACGUUUUGUGGCACGCCGGAGUUUUUAGCUCCGGAGGUUUUAACCGAAACGUCGUACACGCGAGCCGUGGACUGGUGGGGGCUGGGCGUCCUCAUCUUUGAGAUGCUGGUGGGAGAGUCGCCCUUCCCCGGCGACGAUGAGGAGGAGGUGUUCGACAGCAUCGUUAACGAUGAAGUGCGCUACCCGCGGUUCCUCUCCACCGAGGCCAUCUCCAUCAUGAGGAGGCUUUUGCGGAGGAGCCCGGAGCGCCGCCUGGGAGCCGGAGAACGGGACGCAGAGGAGGUCAAGAAGCACCUAUUCUUCAGGAGCAUAGACUGGAACGGACUGCUGGCCAAGAAGGUGAAGCCGCCGUUCGUGCCGACGAUCCAGGGCGCCAACGACGUCAGCAACUUCGACGACGAAUUUACCUCAGAGGCGCCGAUCUUGACCCCGCCCAGGGAGCCCCGAGCGCUGAGCUCCGAGGAGCAGAACAUGUUCUGUGACUUUGACUACAUCGCUGACUGGUGUUAGCUUCUCCUGAAGCCAGCGCGCCCUCCUGCAGCACACACACACUCACACACACACACACACACUGUGAACAAAUGCAGCCAAGACUGUAGCUCACAAGUUGGUUUGUUUUUUUUUAAAGACUCUCCUCUUUGCUGCCCUAAAUGCUGAGGAGGAGCGAUGAGCUCGAACUCUGUGCCAUUGAGAAGAAAACCCAGACGCCUCCUGAGCGCCCACUCUUAUUUUUUUAAUCCAUACAUGAAGAACUUUUUUUUUUUUUUU